GCUGAUAUUUUACCUGCAAACAAAUCUCCAUUGCACCUUAUUUAAUUUGCUUGUUAAAUAUUGUUUUUCCUUGUUUUUUUCUUUUGGGUUAAAUCAAAAGCAGAAAAUCUCAAUUUUUUCUCCUUGUUUCACUCUCUCAAAUAUCUCAUCCAACAGGGAAGUUUUCAACUUACAAAAUACCAUCCCAACAGUUCAAAAAUUUUUAAAAAAAAACAAGUUUUUUCCCCUUUCCUUAUUCACUCUGGUUUUGUCUGAAAACCGAACAUUCUGUGCUCUUUCUUCCAGCUUAAGCACCAGCAGAUCCGCUAUCCGAGGCAGUUUAUAAAAGGGAAUUGUUAUGUCAUACAAUUGGUGAUUAAUUGAUUUGCUCAUAAUGUCGAGGAUCACUAAGUGGAAGAUUGAGAAGUCAAAAGUAAAAGUUGUAUUCCGGCUUCAGUUCCAUGCUACACAUAUUCCACAAAGUGGAUGGGAUAAACUGUAUAUAUCCUUUGUUCCUGCUGAUUCUGGAAAAACGACUGCAAAGACAACUAAAGCAAAUGUGAGAAAUGGAACUUGCAAAUGGGCUGAUCCAAUCUAUGAGACUACAAGGCUUCUCCAAGACAUCAAAACUAAGCAAUUCGAUGAAAACCUCUAUAAGCUUGUUGUGGCAAUGGGUUCCUCAAGAUCCAGCCUUCUUGGUGAGGCUACCAUCAAUCUUUCUGAUCAUGCUGAUGCAUCAAAACCUUCUGUUGUUUCAUUGCCUCUUCUUGGCUGUGAUUCUGGAGCUACAUUACAUGUCACUGUACAACUGCUAACCUCUAAAACUGGUUUCAGGGAGUUUGAACAGCAACGAGAACUUAGUGGGAGAGGUUUGCAGGUUGGCCCAGACCAAAAUGGUCCUGAUCAGUCUUAUUCUGGGAAAGUAUCAGUUUCUGAGGAGAUUGUCAACAAUCGCAUUGAUAAGGUCAAUGCAAGGGUUAGAUUUAUAGAAAAAUCUAAAGAACAACCUUUGCUUGAAGAUGUUGCCUUGAAUGAUGACUGUGGAGACUCAAAUGUGGGUUUCCAUGGCUCUUCAAAUACUUCAGAUAAUUUAUAUGCAGAGGAGCAUGAAAUGUCCAGUGCCCAUGAAAAUGAUGGCCAGAAGAGUACAGUCUAUGUGGCAGGACUUGGUCACAUCCCUCAGCAAGAGAGAGGGGAUUCCUCAGUUCAUCAAUUAUUGGCACUGGGGACUAACGGUUGGGUUCAUGGCUGGAGUUCAGACUAUUCCGCAGAUAAUGACAUGGCUAUUGCCUAUGAAGAGAAUAACAGACUCAGAGGAUGCUUGGAAGCGGCAGAGUCAUCCAUUCAGGAACUAAAGAUGGAACUAAGUUUUUUACAAAAUCAUGCUAAUCUAAUAGGUGAUGAAACAGAGAAGUUUGCUGAGCAACUUGUUGCUGAGAUUUCUUCUGGAGAAAGGUUGGCAAAAGAGGUUUCUGCCUUAAGAUCUGAAUGUUCGAAGUUGAAAGGUGACCUUGAGCAGAUGACAAGUUCUAAGCUAUACCCUCCAUUGAAUAGCAAAGAACCUAUUAAGAAAGACCAGAAUCUCUUAUUUCAAGACUUAGAGGUCACUUGGUCGAAGGGGCUUUUAGCUAUGGAGGCUAAGAUAAGGGAACUUCAAAAUGAGACAUGUUUGAAUUAUCAUCAAAGAGACCAUAGGUUCCUUCAUGCAGAUUUGGGGGCAUUGCUUGGCAUUCUGCUAGAUCUCAAACAAAACUCAAAAAGAAAUAUCUAUUCUUAG